ACACAGUGAGAGUGAAAUUACUGUGGUGUCAUAUUCACACGCUUGUCUGCAGGGUCUCAUCAAAGUUCAUUUUAGAUUCUGUCUGGAAAAUCAGAGAACAUUCAGAAUGAGUUUCCAGGUCUGUUUUCUAGACAGACGAACAGGGACUAAAAUAAAAGUGUCUGUGGCGAACUCUGAGGAGGAAUUCAGAAACACCACAGUUGAAGAGUUAAAAAGAAAACUCUUGUCUGAAGACAGCAGAUAUAAACACUGUGGACUUUACUGCAAUCACAAGCUUCUGUUUCAUGAUCGUACACUUGGCUCUCAUGGCAUUAAACACAAUGAUAUUAUUGUGACUGAACCACCGAUGCGUCCACAAUCUCUCUCAUCUGAAGAUGAAUGUGAAGGUGAAUUCAUAUCCAGGACUAAAUCUAUGGAAAAAUUAACUCUGAGCAUGUAAAUGCAUUUGAUGCACACUGAAUUCAGAGGAAAUGUAAAGUAUUUAUUAAUUAGUUCAGUGCAUCAUUAAUGAAACCACUUCACAUGAUCCACAGAGAAUUAUUAAUAUAUUCAUAUUGAGUGUUGAUCAGAUGAAGUGUAAUAUCAAUCUAAUUUACUUCAUUCACUGUCAACUCAACAUAAAACAUAGACGUAUAUGAUGGAGUUUGUGUUUUCAUGUGUCUCUGUACGUUCAUAUGCAAAUAUUGUACAUUAUCCUUUCUUUUGUUUACAUUUAUUAAAUCAAACAUGCCAU